AUCCCCGAGGGGAAUAAAGGCCGGGAAGUGACCCGGGACAGGGAACUCGGCCUGGAGCUGCUCUGUGAGGUCAGCGCGGGGUUCCACGUUCGGGGCGCAGCCCGAAACGCAGCGAACCCCCGGUGGGCACCCCCGGGCGAUGCUGGCACCGCUGGGCACCGCGCUGCCGCUGCUGCUGCUGCCGCUGAUGCUGAUGCUGAUGAUGAUGCUGAUGCUGCUGCUGCUCCUGCUGGCCGCGGGCGGCCGCGCCGGGGACUCGGUGGCCGCCGCCGUGGGCCCGCACAGCGUGUCCCGCAUCGCCGAACUCCUGGCCAGCCCCGAGUGCCGCCGGCUGCAGGAGGAGCUCAGCGGCCCCGAGCAGCCGCCGGACGAGCCCGAGGCCACCCGGCAGGAGGAGGAGCUCGCCCGCCGCCGCCGGAGGGGCAGCGAUGCCCGGGGAUGCUCGGAGGAGCUGCGGCGCUGGUUGGAGACCUGGGGCCAGGCCACCACCUGGGACCGCCUGGUGCGAGCCCUGCGCCGCAUCGGGCGCUCGGACAUCGCUCGGGAGCUGGGCAAGAACCUCAACCAAGACCGGCGGCUGGAGCUGCGCAGGAACGUGGAGGGCUACCGGAGGAGCGUUCAGCAUCUCAGCUCGGCGCAGCUGCGGCCGCCGGGGCUGCGGGCCAGGAGGGCUCCGCUGGCCGGGGCGCUGCUCUUCCAGCGCCGCCCGCCGCCCCGCUACAGCCGCGGGCUGCUGGGCUGGGUCCGCCCGGUGCUGCUGGGCGUGCUGGGAGCCUUCCUCGGCUCCGGGGUGCUCGCGGGCACCGCGAUGUAUUUCUGCCACUGGAGGAGGCUCCUGGGUGCCUGAGAACCCCAGGAGCUGCUAAACGGAAAAGGGGACUCAGUAAAGGUUCGUGGGGUGAUUUUCA